AUGUCAGAAAGAAAUAAUAAUAAUAAUUCAAAAAUAAUAAUUGAAAAUGAUGAAGAAGUUGUGUUUAUUGAAGAAAAUAAUGAUGGUAAUACAGAAAAUAAUGAUAUUGUAAAUGAUAUAAAAGAAAGAAUUAAAGAAGUUAAUUUUGACGAAUUUGACGAAACUGAAAUUGUAAAUACUGGUAAAGAAUUAAUCAAACAAUCAAAUGUAUUAUUAAGUGAAAUUAAAGAAUUGGAGAGUGGCAAAGAGCUUUUCCAACACAGCAAAGCAUUCGUAGAUACAGUAAUAAAGAAGCAAGAAGCCAAAGAACUAAUGGAAAAAGGUUUAUCAAUGCUAAAUGAAGUUAAAGAGAACAGAGAGGCCCAAGCAUUAAUUGGAGAGU